AUGAUUAAGCUUGCAGGACUAGUAGCAUCGGGACCUCAGGCGAAACAAGAACAUAUAAGCUCACCGGCCGCUAGAAGACUUUGUGAACAGCAUCCUGAUGAAAUUAAGCUAUCAUCACCACCUUUGAAGCAAGCUACUUCUACUUCUCUCAAAGCAGCAUCAUCAAUCGACCUUUCGCCGAAAUUCACACUGCUACCCUCAUUGAUACUAUCAAAUGCAGCUGCCGUGAAAUCCAGAGAAACACUAACAAGUGACGAGACAGGAAAUAUCGCUGAAGUCUGUGACCAGAAGCCAACCGACCACAUGAAAAACUUUAGUUCAGAUCGAAUAGAGCCCAGUUUAAGCGGAACUCGGGAAGGACUAGAUGAUUUUCGAGAACAUGCCCAAAAGCAAGUACUGGCAACGACCUGCUCUGAAAGCCUUAUCUCACCUUGUUCUUCUGAUGUUGAAGUAGCAAAACCUCGGAGCUCCUUUAAUAGCCUGAUUAAUCCCGCUAACCAGGAGGCAAACCAUGUUGCUAUACCCCUUUACCCUAGCGUUGACAAUCAUGUGCCGUCUAUUCCCUCCCUGCAAGGCCAAAGAGAGAAUCACAAAGAGCGAACUGGAACGGAUUAUAAGGAUCUUGUGAAUCCUUUAGCUACACGACAAUUCUGCGGUCACCCGGCUAUUUCAGGACAAGAGUUGUGCUAUUUGUGCCACCAGCGCAGGCGUUACAACGUUUAUAUUAAUUGCUCAGAGGAGAACCGCAGGAGAGCCGCAGAGGAGGCUGAGUUGCUGCUCGAAUAUCAGCGUGAUAAGACCUCCUUGGCAGCAACACGCGAAAAGGUAUACAUUAUUGUGGAUCGGGUUUCUCCAUUUCUCCAUUUCUCCAAUUGUUCGUCCAGAAUACCUUAA